AAAUUAUCGGACACAAAGUGUAUUGAAGUUUCAUUAAUUAAAACUAAUAUCCAUUCCAAAUGCAAUCCCUACUCUUUUUGACCAUUUCUUUGUUAAUGAUAUCAACCAUUACUUCAUUUAUCAAAAUCGAUGCCAUCGUUGACACCAAAUUUAGCCCAAAACUCUAUGGAGAAGACAUUAAUUGUGAUCUUUGCGGGGAAACGUGUGUCAAGUCGUGCACAGACGCCAGUAGUGUUAGAGGACUAGAAAACUUCAGGCGUUGUUGUGCCAGUUAUUUCAAAAAGCGAGCUACUGUUCCGGCCCUGUGGUCAAACAUGAAGGAAUAUCGCCAACAUGUCCUGAUCAAACCAAAAAACAACGCUCAGGCUAUAAAAUCAAAUAUAUUCGACAUAUUCUGCAAGAAUUGGGAAUAUCUUUGA